AUUCUUAAUCUGUUUACAGCAUAAUGUUUUGCUGAUUCAAACUGAAACUCCAUUGAAUAAUCAAAUGUGAACGUAUUUCCUUAUCAAUAUUAUAGUAAUUAUUUAUAUGUUACUGAAAUAUUGAUUGUACAUAAUAUUGUUUAUGUUAAGAAAAAUUAAAAUAAAUAUUACAAAUACUACGGACAUUCUCUUGUUCUGUCAUUUGACGAAGUCUGAAGCUAAAGGAAGAAAUUCAAAUUUUCUACCGUUGUUAAAAUCCAUUUAAUAACAAAAAUGCCUAGUGAUUUGUUAGAAGACACUAUAUAUCUGGAAUUUGCAGCUAAGGAGGAAUUGCCUAAAUCAAUUCAUUUGUAUCAGCCUUAUGAGGUUGAGCAAAUAUUGUUGCCUGACAAUGCAAAUUGUUUGGCUGUACAAGCUUUCCUUAAAAUGUGUGACUUAACAGUAGAAAUAAAAGCAAGAAGUAAUGCUGAAUAUAUGUCACCCACUGGUCGAGUACCAUUCAUUACAUGUGGAUCACUUAUAAUAUCUGAGUUCGAUAGAAUUGUGUCUUUCAUAGAAAGCAAAGGCAUAAGUUUAUCAAGUCAUCUGUCUACAACAUCUAAAGCAGACAUGAGAGCUUAUAUGUCGUUAGUGAAUAAUGUAUUUGUAAAUGCUGAAUUGUACAUUUGUUGGGUCGAUGAAGAAACAUUAAAUAAAGUAACUAAAGGAAGACAUGGAUUUGUAUAUCCUUGGCCACUGAAGCAUUUCUUAAAUUGGCAGAAAAGGAAGGAAGUUAUUAAAAAACUUAAUGUGCUCGGCUGGUAUCAUAAAAGCAUAGAAGAUGUAUGCAAUGAAGUUGAAAAUUGUUGUAAAGCAUUAUCUGAGAGAUUGGACGGUAAUCAAUACUUCUCUGGUGAUACGAAACCCAACGAAUUAGACGCCCUAGUUUUUGGACAUGUUUUUACUAUUAUUACAACACAUCUACCUGAUAACAAACUGGCGAAUAUCGUUCGAAAAUAUACAGUGCUCGUGGAUCUCUGCAAACGCAUUGAGACUAGCAUUUUUUCUCCUCAAGCAAUAGGGGUCAAAUAGAGUAACGAAACGUUGGAGGCGAGAAGUAAGUAACACAACUUUGGAGAUUUCCAAAUGUAUGUUGUUGGAAUACCGCAAGAGUAUAUAACCUGCGAAAGGUACCUCUAAACUAGAUGUUUUACAGAAAGAUUUGUCGGAAAUAACGGUAAAUGAUUAUUCAAUGAUUAUUAUGAAUUUUUUUUGUCCAAGGAUUGUUUUCAACGUACUUGUUCUCAGCAUUUGUAUCUGUCUUAACUGAAUCGUACUGAGGAAUCAUGUAUAAUAUGUAAUUACGUCGAUAUUAAGCACGAUUAGAAGGCGUUAUCGGACAAUGAUUAAUCUUUCAGUUAUAAAUAUUGUGUAUAUAACUGAAUUUGUAGAAAUUGUAUUUAAAACAACCUACUUCUGUAUUAUAAAAUAUUUCUCAACUUAAAUUAAAUGUAAGUUAUUGAAAUAAUGUUUUAAUGAUUUUAUAUCGUACAAAACUGAAUCUGAAAAUAAAUAUUUAAUAUUUGCGCAAUUUUGCGUCGCUAUAUGUGUGUUUCCACAAUUUCUAUGCUAAAUCUGUUACAUACUUCUUGUUUCCAGCGUUCAGUUUAUACCAAUAAACACCAAUUGUAAUUACUUACAUUUUAAUUAAAUACUGAUAUUAUCAAAUAUCUGUGAACUAAAUAAAUUGUAAAAUUAUUCUAACUCGUUAAGGUGUCCCCUUUUUUUUGUAAAUGUACUUUAAUGUGUCGA